GCUAGAAGCUUAUAGAAAGAUGCUACUCCGACUCAUUCCAAUCGAACGGCUGUCAACUGCGCGAGCGGUUGGGACACUGAUACUGUGGCCCACAUGUCGGUCUCAUACGACUAAGCGUCCCUGCCAAGCUCGCCGUCGCCGCCGUUGUGGACUCGUGGGGGCGAUUUCCACCGCGGAGCUCCGCUCUGGGACGUAUGGAAUCGUUCUCAACGGCGGCGGGAGCGAUGGAUUCGGGUUCCGGGAAGCCCGAGGUGGUGGCCGCUUACCAGAGCAAAGAGGCCAAGCAGGCGAGGCUUCAGUCCAUGCUCGCCGCGCUCCUCGACGACCCCAUACUCGCGGACGUCCCCAGGAAGCCCUCCCUCGCCGAUGUCGACACGCUGAUAAACCUCGAGCUCGGCAGCGCCAUGAGGCUGAGCGUUGUCAAGUUGGACAACACCUCCUUUGAGGUGGCGGUGUUGAAUUCUGCCACUGUCAAGGAUCUAAAGCUGGCUAUCAGGAAGAAGAUAAAUGAGAUAGAACAAGAGCAGAUGGGGCAUCGUCAUAUCUCAUGGAAACAUGUUUGGGAUAACUACUGCUUGACACAUCACAAUGAGAAACUGAUAAAUGACAAUUCAGCACUUUCUGCUUAUGGUGUUCGGAACAACUCUAAGGUCUGUUUCUCGCCGCACGUCAUGUCCAGAGUACAUCGGAAGCACUCAAGAAGAAGAAAACACCGUUUCUUCCAUGGUCUUAGCAGGAAAACGUAACCCCAGGUCGUGAUUUUUUAGCUAGGCGCAAAGCUGGUGCCAAGGCAUCGGGAGUAUCAUCCUAAGUAGAGUGGUCACUCCAGAAAAGUGAUCGAAGAUUUGACUAUGUCACUUAUUAACUGGAAGCAUGGAUUAUUCAUGGAACAUGGACUCACGUUAUGUACUCGGUAACUGCUCUAGUUGUGUAAGCCGUUUAUCACUGUGUGGAAGUAUAGAGUAAAUCCACGGGAACUUUGACUA